GAAAUAUGAGGAGAUCAUUUCCAAAAGUGAUCUGAACCAAUCAGGAUCUCCUGCAGUCUACCAGCUGAAACCAAAGAAAGAGAAUAUUGGGACUCUGACAAGAAUGACUGUUGGUGAAAAAAAUCCAAACAAGAUAAAUAAAACCAUCUUGUUUGUGGGAGAAACAGGAGCAGGAAAAUCUACUCUGAUCAAUGCUCUGGUCAACUACGCCAUGGGAGUGAAGUGGGAGGACGAUAUCUGGUUUCAGAUCGUAGAGGACGAGAAGAAAAGUCAAUCAAAGAGUCAGACAGCAGAUGUGACUGAGGACGAGGAGAAAAGUCAAACAGAAAGUCAGACAGCAGAUGUGACUGAGGACGAGGAGAAAAGUCAAACAGAAAGUCAGACACCAGAUGUGACUGAGGGCGAGAAGAAAAGUCAAACAGAAAGUCAGACAGCAGAUGUGACCGUGUACGAGAUCUUUGGUUUUGAAGGUAAAACUCUGCCCUACUCUCUGACCAUCAUCGAUACUCCUGGAUACGGAGACACCAGAGGGACCGAACACGAUGCCAUCAUCAGUGAAAGAUUAUUAGACUUGUUUCGCUCAGACGAUGGAGUUCAUGAGGUUGAUGCAGUCGGUCUGGUGAUAAAAGCGAGCGAGAAUCGACUGAAUGACCGACUGACGUACGUCUUUAAUUCAGUGGUGUCUCUGUUUGGAAAAGAUAUGGAGAACAACAUUGUGGCGCUCUUCACACACUCAAACGGUGUGACUCCUGAAAAUGUCCUGAAAGCUCUCGAGACUGCAAAUAUUAAAUGUGCCAAAGAUGAGAACAAGACGAUUCAUUUCAUGUUUGAUAACUGCAGGGGCACACAGAGAACAGAGGAAAAUACGCUUUCUCUAAAACAUCUAUGGGCCUUAACAGACGCCCAAAUGGGUAAAUUCACUGGUUUCCUGGAAGUAUGUUCCCCUCAGAACCUGACGGCAACUGUUGAAGUGUUGAACAGUCGCAUCAGACUGACAGCCUGCAUCCACAACCUGCAGGAGAGAAUUGAGUUUAUUGACGUGAAACAGGAAGAAAUCCAACAGACUGAGGAAGCUCUGAAGAAAUAUGAAGCAGAGAUGAAGAACAAUGAAAACUUCACUGUAGAAGUCAAUGAGGUCUUCAAAGUUAAAGAACCUGUCAGUGAGCGGAGGUGGUGGGCUUUUGGGUUAAAUUAUGGAGGAGCUGUCUGCUGCACCGUCUGCAAGGAGAACUGUCACUUUCCAUGCACACUGGCCUGGUAUCCAAAACACUGUGAGGUCAUGGAAGAAAAAUGCACCGUGUGUACCAAGAAGUGUCCUGUAUCAGCUCAUGUGAAAGAAAAACAGUGCACUGUAUGUGAAGAUGAGUGUUGUGUACCACAUCAUGUUAAAGGAAAACAGUGCCCUGUGUGUGAGGGAAAGACCAAUGAAUCAGAUCAUGUUAAAAAAAUGUGGAGGUAUGCGAUGAAGACAAGGAAAGUUCAGAAGACCAAACAAGACAUCAUAGACAAGUAUUACAAGGGUAAAGCCGGCUGUGACCAGUCAACGAGCCUUUUGGAAACUCUCCAGAAGAAGAAAGAAGAACUUGAGAAAGAAAAAGAUCAGUUGUUGGAGGAGUCCUUCCAACAUGUUGUCAAACUGGAGCAGAUGGCCCUAAAUGUUAAUUCAGUGUCCACUUAUGUCCACCUGGGCUUCCUGAUUGAGAAGAUGAACGACAAAGGGGAAACAGAGAAGGUCCAGAGACUGGAAGAGAUGAAACGUCGAAUGGAUGAAGAUAAAGGAACAGAAGCAGCAUCCUGGUACAGCUUUGGUAGAAUAAAAGCAGUCGGUAAAGCAGUCGGUGAAGCAGUCGGUGAAGCAGUCGGUAAAGCAGUCGGUAAAGCAGUCGGUAAAGCAAGAAAGAAGUAAGUUUUGGGUGACCAGAGUGAUUGUGAGCAGACAGCUGUGUAGAAAACAAGAUCUACACUGAUGAUGAAAUUCACUCUUCGUCUAUUUGCUGUGGUGUUGAUGUAAUAACUUCAUGAUAAAAUCUAAAUGUAAUCACCUUUGAAAGUUUCCAAAGUUUGCCCUCUGUGUGAUGCAGCGACUGUUUCUGUUCUUCCAGUUUAACAGCAGUAACUUCACCGUUUCACUCCUUAUCUGUUAACUGUGGUGUUGAUGUAAUAACUCCAUAAGAAACCUCACUUUGUUUUGUGUUGUUAUGGUAACUUCACUGUACAGAUCACAGAAUAGUUUUUAACAACUGCUCUGAUUUUAAUGAAGUGAGGACG